AUGGCACCCGGGAGACCCCGCCUACCGUCCCUACGCUCCCUCACUGGUCGGCGUCGCAGCACCACCACUUCGCCAGGCCCGCCUUCGCCGACAUUCUCUGAUACCACACAUGUCUCGGCCAUGAACUUUGGGAAUGACGGCCCAGAGAAGAUUAUCACACGAGCGAACUUGAAAGCGAGUUUGCAGGCAUACCAGGAUCUUGUGGAUACAUGCGCGAAUUACCGGGCUGCGUUGGUGGCCAUGUCUCGCGCUACCGCAGCGUUUGCAGACGCGAUGUCCGUAUGUUCUGGUCUCAAGGGCCCCUCAUACGAAGCUGGCACCCGAAUGCAGGCGGCGUCAGGUCUUCAUCAUUUAAUAGGAAAUCAAUGGCAUGUACUUGCCGAAAAUCUGGACAAAAAGUUUGAGAAACCUAUGCAGCAACACCUAGAUAACUAUCGAACAAUAGUCAAUGAGCGCUCUGCUUCGUACGAGAGCGCGCUUCGAGAGAAGAGUCGAGUCAUCCGGGAGACGGAAAUGAAGAAUAUGAACCGUAAAGAACGAAAUCUUCAAAGCUUCCGUGAGGCACUUGCUAUACUGCAACGGCAGGUCGACGAUCUCGAUGACCUGAAGAAGGCCCACUACCAAGAUAUCAUGGACCACGAGGAGGAAGUGUGGGACGUCGUGCAAAGCAAGGUCUGCUUGGUCGUGCGGUCGACUAUGGACGUCUUCGAUAGAUUCACAGCUAAAGCUUCUGACCCCAUUAUUGAGCCGAUGCUCAAUGUAGUGCCCGACCCAUUUGAUUCGUAUGGCCCGCCGCAAGCGGAGGAUCAAAUCUUCAGCAUCUUACCUCCACUUUCCAUUCUAUCAAACCAACCCUCGGCAUCCCCCAGCCCGAUGUCCCAAACACCAGAACCAGAGGCCUUUAGGGGACUGCCAGUCUCGACCACCCCUCCUGCAUGGAGCAACACCAACGCCGUCUCGUUCCCAUCCAUCGAAUCCCCAAGCCCCUCGUCCUCAGAAUGGUCUGAUGUCUCCCCACCUAAAUCGAUCUCACCCAGAAACACCCCUCCCCGAUCGGCCUCUCCACCGUAUUCCCAGCGCAGACAAUCCGUGCCACCUGUCUUUGGGCAUUUCUCGCGCAAGAGCGACUCCAAGUUGCGAUCAAUGCUAUCGGUUAUAGAUGAAAGUCAGCCACGCCCCCAUGAAUCCAGAGAUAUUGAAGAACACACGCAUUCUCGAUCAUCUUCCACCCCAACCAUUAAUGGCACUGUGGGUCAGGAACCUGAGACCAGCUGGACCAAUUUCACGUAUGGGCAAUCCCCAUAUGCUACUGUCAAUAGCGAUAAUGAUGGGGAAUUGACACCACGGCACUCUGCUAUGUUUAGUACUGAAUCUCCUCCGCCGUUAUCAGAGGAACAGCUCUUACCCUCCAAGCCACCUGACCAUGUGGCCCAUACCCCUUUGCCCUCUUAG